AUGAAGCUAAGCGGGUAUCAUACGAGACGAACGCUUUCGUGGCUAACUUCCUGCGUAGUAGUAGAAGGGGAAGUAUAUCUCAAGAUCCGCUUCCUCUUCCGCGAUAAAGAAUUGGCUAGCCCGUCCUUGACGCGUACGUUCAGACGUAAGAUAUUGCUGGACAGAGUAGUGGGAAAGUCCGAUGUACCGGUCGAUUCUAUUCCUUCUUCGAUCACGAUAGCUUCGGCUACUUCUUCGAUAGUCAUCGGGCGAACAGCAAAAAUGAUUAGUUUGAGGACUCGGCGCAUUAACUUUAUAUCGUCUUCAUUUUUGAUGCCGAGUAAAAUGCGUUCGUAUGUCUCGUCAAGGUCUUGA